GUUCGUUUAGUGGCGUCGACCGGGAUGGACAGUUUCAGCAAAACCGUUGCCAAGCUUCGUCUGUUCAAACUCCGGCGGAAAAUCCCGCCUUGUUUCUGGCUGAUGGACCGAUUUCUGCUCGUUGCUAGUGUCCACGUGGUGCCCCAGAAGAUCUGGCAGAAAAAGGUUUGGAUUCUUUUCCAUGCGGUUGGUGCUUUUCAGAUGUUUAUGACUUUACUCGGGCUGACUAGCGCUUUGGUUCGGAUGGACGAUGUUCUGUUGGUCAUUUGGUGUACGAUCUUGUUUACCGCAGAACUAUUGUGCCUGGCAAAGUGUUAUCUGCUGAUGCGGUACGAUGGUUCGAUUCAAGAUCUGCGUGACUUUUUGAACGCUGGCAGCUUCAGCUCUGGAGAUCAAAACUUUGAUGUUUCUGCGAGGAACAAGUAUCAAAGAAGCUCCAGCCUGAUUGCCAUUGCAGUUUCCUUGAUUAUUCUGCUCGAUCAGAUUGUCUGCUGGAUCCCGAAAAUUCAACAGGCUAGGACAUUCUACGUUCCAUCGUGGAUUGGUACACACUAUGGCGAGUGGUUUGCCUUUAUAGUGCAAGCAAUCCAUACUUCUACUUUUGCUUCGUUCUGGCUGUUCAAGAUUUUUGGGUGUUCCGUUCUUUCAAUCUUUUCACUUAAGGGACUACAAGCAGAACAGACGAUUGUAAAUCGCAGUUUCGAGCGCCUUACUGAACUAUUCAAGGACUUGCAAACCUCCAAACUAACAAGAAAACAGUUCUGGGAUCAUCUGAAAUCAUCGAUCAAAGUGACUAUGGAUCAACAAACUCUGGUUUUUUGCCACCUCAUCAAAGUGAAACCAAUGGUCGAGCUUCUUUACUAUGCCACAUAUUUUUACGCCAUAGGAUGCAUUGGAUCUUCGUUCUUCUUGGUACUAUCACAACCGAUGUCCAUUUUGCUAUUUCUCCACGUUGCAACCGUCAUCGUAAUUUGCUUCGAGUGUUACCAACUGAGCUACCAAAUCGAUCGUCUGAAGGAAGUUGUAAGAUUCAGGUUAUGUGCUGCAAGAAUCAAUAUGUUCAACAAAAAUUUCUUUUCAACAUUUCAAGUUUGCAGCCACCUCCGGCCAUGCAUUCAGUCUGUGCACCCAGUUGCCAUACGCUGCCGGUCAGCAUCGCAAGGACUACCUCGAGGUGCGCACCACGCUGAUGAUAAUCGAGAUAUGCUCGCGGAACGUGGUGUGCUUUCGGUGCUUCGACAUCCCGGACAUUUCGGUUACGGUUUUUGUCAGCAUGGUUAAAGUUUCGUACUCGGUGCUGACGUUUUUGCUGAACACGAUCUAAGAACGAAACAAUGCUGACAAAUCUACAGGCUUGGAGCAUAACUAAUUUUGACCUAUUGCUUUGGUGUUGUUAAUUAAUUAGUUGAUCUCUAGAAAAGAUCGAUAGCUGUUGACUCGGAUUUGGAGUUGACGACGAUAGAGCACACUCCACAAGACAAAAAUGUUUGAAAUUGAUGUUACGACACAAAGACAUGACAAGUAUUAAUGUCUUUAUAAAAACAAAAAAAAAA